AGGAGUGUUUUCAUCCAGCAGGAAGUACUAUACCACAGAAAGGGAAGGUAGUACGGGCUUGUUCCAGCCCUUCUGCUGAGUCUCUUACCUUGGGAUGAGGAAGGAGGGGUUUUCUAUCAGUGUUGUUGACUUAAAAAUACAACCAGUGCAAGCUGACUGAGUUUACAAAAAAAGUGCAGGCUUCUUAUGUUGGUUAAAAAAUCUCUAUUCUUCCUUAUGCAAAUCAAGGCUUAGACAAAUAAGCUGUCUGGCUCACGGUCUCCAGCAUUCUAGAUGGCAAACUCAUCCAGACUACCUAUCAAAAUAGGGGCCUGUCCAUACAGAAUUGAUUUCACCUAAUCAGCACCAUCUUUUAAAACAAACCAAAAUAUACCCAGUCCAACUUGGCAAAAAUGAGAUGUCAUCACAUAUGUAAGCUACCAGGAAGAGUUAUGGGAGUCCGACUACUUCGCUUCUCUUCUGUGGUGAUCUUUGUCUUACUCCUUGUGGCAGGUGCUUUAAUGGCUUUGCUUCCUAACAUUAAAGAUGACAAAAUGCCCAAUUCGCGAAGGGAACCAAAAUCCCAGAGCCAAUCUGCCUUGGAUUCAUUUACUCUUGUUAUGCAGACAUACAAUAGAACUGACUUAUUGCUGAAACUCUUAAAUCAUUAUCAAGCCAUCCCCCAUCUACACAAAGUAAUUAUUGUGUGGAACAAUGUUGGGGAGAAGAUGCCAGAGGAAAUGUGGAAUUCUUUGGGACCACAUCCUGUACCUGUUGUCUUCAAAGUGCAGAGAAUGAAUCACAUGAGGAACAGACUCCAGAUCUUCCCUGAAUUGGAAACAAAAGCUGUUUUAAUGAUGGAUGACGACACACUGAUUAGUGCCUAUGACCUUGCUUUUGCCUUCUCUGUUUGGCAGCAAUUUCCAGAUCAGAUAGUGGGAUUUGUUCCUAGAAAGCAUGUUUCCACUCCUUCAGGUAUAUACAGUUAUGGCAGCUUUGAAUUGCAGACCCCUGGAUUUGGAAAUGGGGACCAGUACUCCAUGGUUCUCAUCGGAGCAGCAUUCUUCCACAGUGGAUACCUAGAACUCUUUCAAAAGCAGCCCGAUGCUGUUCAUGCUUUGAUAGAUGAAACUCAAAACUGUGAUGAUAUUGUCAUGAAUUUUCUAGUGGCAAAGCAUACCGGAAAGCCUUCAGGAGUGUUUGUGAAACCUGUUGACAUAAGGAAUUUAGAAAAAGAGACUAACAGUGGUUAUUCCGGAAUGUGGCACCGAGCAGAGCACUUGCUACAAAGAUCUUACUGUCUAAACAAAUUGGUUAAUAUUUAUGACAGUAUGCCCUUAAAAUAUUCUAACAUUAUAAUUUCUCAGUUUGGGUUCCCUAAUUAUGCCAAUCACAAGAAUAAAAUGUAAGCAUGUAUAAUAUAUGGGGUAUAUGUUACCCAUAAAACAGUGAAUUCAAGUCAGUGUAAGUUAAAUGCUGAGGGGCCAGAAGAAGACAUACAUUACUCCAGCUUGUCCUCUUUAACACAUAGCCUCUGAAUUUUGCCCACAGUAUUUUCUUUCCCCAAUGUAAGUUAUUGAGAAACUUUAAAGAACAGCAUAUGUGUAAUGUUCACUUAUAAUAAAAUCACCUUUUAUCUCUUAAUAUUUGAGAAA